CACAACGGAGAUGGGGUGUCGUUACCGUCGUUGCCUUCUUUCGGGGUAAUUGUCGGCUAAAUCGCGAUCGCGGGAUCAGAAACAGAGCGAUCGAGAUAGACAGUGGGGGAAGGAGAAGGAAAAGAGAAAGAUGACGCGAGGAAAACAGAAGAUCGAAGCGCAGAGGCGAAAUGCAGAGCGGAAUCAGAAGCCAAAGGGAUCUCAGCUCGAGGCCAGAGCCGUCGCGCUUAAAGCCAGUUGCCCCAUCUGCAAGGUGCAACUAGCAAACGAGAAACAAAUGGGCGAUCAUUAUGCAUCCAAGCAUCCAAAGGAAAAAGUUCCUUCAGAACCAAGUUGAUCAAUUUGGUUCAAUGUAAAAAAAUAAAAGAAAUGAAAAAAUAAAUAAAAAGAAUGAAAAAUAUUUUCCCAUGUCUGGUUAUGUACCUUCCAUUGUAUGCUAUCUGUGUGUUGUCUAAACAAAAACUCUAGACCAAGGAAGUUACCUUUUUGUGGUAUGAACAUUUGUAUGACUACGAGUAAAAGGAUUUUGACAUCGAAGUGGUGCCUCCCCAUUUCUGCUUUUAAAGAUUUCAACCGCUAGAAUAAAACAGAUUGGGCACU